AUGAAGCUGCAUGGGAUGGUCCUGAUUUUGUUGGCUGUCAAAGUGAUUUCAGGGGUCGUCACGGAUCUACAAGAUCAAUUGGUCCGUGACCUUUUCGCCAGAUACGACCGUGACGUCAGGCCUCAGUGUGAACACAGCGACAAGGUUAAUGCUACAGCAGAUAUGAGUCUACGCCAGAUCAUUGACCUUGAUGAGCCGAAACAAAUUCUCAAACUGAACGUGUGGAUAAGAACGAGAUGGACCGAUUGUAGACUGACAUGGGACCCAGCUAAUUACAGCGACAUUGAUCACCUCGUGUUGCCCUACAGCCGUCUAUGGGUGCCCGACCUCGUUCUGUACGAUAAUGCGGAGUCGGCCCUAUCUGGUAUCAAGGACUUCAGAGCUGGAGUGACACAUACAGGAUACAUUUCCUAUAAUUUUCCUUCCAUCCUAAACAGCCUGUGUGCCAUCAACGUGCGCUAUUUCCCGUUUGAUACACAGACAUGUCCCCUGAUAUUUGGAUCGUGGGCCUACAAUGGAUUAGAAUUAGAUAUAUCAAAUGCCUCUUCCCACACCGGUUUAGCUAGCUUUGUCCGUAGUAUUGAGUGGGAAGUAUUAGACGCUCCGAUCUCUUACAGCCAGGAUUGGUACGGCGACACGUACUGGUCCACCGUCACUUUCACGUUCAAUCUACAGCGGAAACCACUGUUUUACAUCAUGAAUAUCCUGUGUCCAUGUCUGCUUAUCACAUUCGUGGCUGUCUUCGGAUUCAUGCUGCCGCCAGACUCUGGUGAGAAGGUCAACCUAGAGAUCACUGUUCUGUUGUCACUGGCCGUGUUUCAACUCAUCGUCCUGGAGACCAUCCCACCGUCUGGAGAUAGCACACCGUUUCUUGGUGUGUAUUUUAUGGUAUCGAUGACGUUGGUUGGAUGUUCAUGUCUCCUCACUGUAUUUGUGCUACAAGUGCAUUACAAAGGUAACAACGGAACACGUAUGCCUGAUUGGGUGAAACGCUGCAUCAUGAUGCCUCUGUCACGUGUCACCUGCGUGAAGACGACUCAAAACGAAAACAUGAACUCCAGUUUCUCGGGGGAAAACAACUGUGGGCUUAUUAUCCCAAACGGGCCAAUGCUGUGCGAACAGGUAGAAAAAAUAAAUCACAACAACCAGUCAGACAAAGAGAAAAUGCAGUCCACCACUCCAACGACAGAUGGACGACAGCAGCUCUUUUCUCUCCACGCGGUACUCAAAGGAAUUUUGGACAGACUUGAACGCUUCCGGAACCAUUUAGAUAGUCAGCAGGAAGAAGAUAAAGUUGACAGAGACUGGAACCUUCUGGCCGUCAUGAUGGACCGUGUUUUUAUGGUGAUGUACGUUAUAAUUGUCUGCACGGUGGCGCUGUCGAUGAUACUUCCGGUUGUAUUACGCGAUCGGUCUAUCCAUACAGAAUGA